UAAAACGUAAGAUUUGGGGAUAUGUACGUAAAUGUCCCCCUUUUUUUAUUUCCCGACGUAGUUUCCACCGAGCUAGGGCCAAUGGGGGCCUCUGAAUCUGUCAUUUCCAAAUUGCAGCAACAGCCAACGAUAGAUCAGGUCACUACCGUUUCUGAAAGGAAAGAGGACACUGACCCUAUAUUGGAGCGGAUCCAGGCUUUGAAGAUUGCGACGCCGCUGCUGAGUUCCCAGCCGUCUUCAGAGGGUAGCUUGACAGAUAUCCUUGUCAGGAAACCCUCUUCUUCGUCCAAUUCCACCAUUCCAGGCAGCCUGAAUCCCAAUAUUUUAUUGGAGCUCUUCUCUACAUAUCGUGAAUGGCAGACUGAAAAAGCCAAGAAAAUCAGUCAGAAGCAGGAGGAGAUAGAGAACAUGAUUGAGACAGCAGAUGCUUUGACUGGGAAGCUUCUCCAACGUUUCAAUUAUUCAGUCUCAUCCAUAAGAACAGCAUCGCGCAGCCUUACUGGAGGUGGUCUUCCAAGAGAAAAGGACUGGCCGGAUACUUGGACUGGAACGUGGCAUAAUAAACUCUUGUACUUGGACCGAGACUGGAUGAACUCAGCUUUGACAUCAAUGGUGGAAAGUGUUGUAGUAGGAGAAUUUGGGAGGAGCGUUGAGGAUGUGUUACUGCUACAUCACAGAUGUAUGGGACAUUCUAGUCUUAGUAUACUGAGCCGGUUGUAUCCAUCUAUGCAUGGGAAAGAAAAUAAGGAGAAAUUGGUGUGGUGCUUGUGAGUUUGGCAAGCUCACUAGGAUCUCUUAUGUCAAUUUGGGAAUAGAUGCU